GCCUUAAAUUAUGAUGUAAUUCAUUUGAACAUUUUAUUUUGAUCAGUUUAUUUGGGUUUUGGGGGUUUGCAUAAUAAGGAGGUGAUAGAGACUUGUUUUUUUUAUUUCAGUAUGAGUAUGGAGAUUGAACCUCCAUUAGAAGUAAGGUAUUAUGCUCUGAUGAAAGAUGAAAUGGAGGGUAAAAAUGGAAGAUUAAAAGCUGAAGAAGAAGAUGAUCAUGAUGAAGUAGUGGAGGAAUGUGAAGAUGAAAUAGAGUUACCAAUGAUUGAUUUAGGGCUUUUAAAGAUGGGGAAUUUAGAGAAAGAGAAGUGCAAGAAUGAGAUAGUGGAAGCAGCAAGAAAUUGGGGUUUUUUCCAAAUAUUGAAUCAUGGGGUUCCUGAGAAGGUAUUGAAGGCAAUGAUUUAUGAGCAAAAGAAAGUGUUUAAUCAACCUUUUGCAAACAAAAGUUUGAGUAACUUUCUUAAUUUGGCUGGUACUUACCGCUGGGGUAACCCUGUGGCUAUUUCUCCAACUCAAAUUUCUUGGUCUGAAGCUUUCCAUAUUGCUGUUUUGGAGGUUUCAAGCUUGAACGACCAUCUUACCCUCAGAUCAACAAUGGAAGGCGUGGUGAAGAAGUUUGGGAGGUUAGCAGAGAACAUAUCAGAGGUAUUAGGGCAAAGCUUGGGAAUAAAAUCAAGUUACUUCAAAGAAAGAUGUGAAAAAGGAAAGAGCAGCUUUCGACUGAAUAGAUAUCCACCUUGUCCAUUUGCUUCUAAAGUCUAUGGCUUAAUUCCUCACACCGACAGUGAUUAUCUCACAAUACUUUACCAACCUCAAACCAGUGGUUUGCAACUCAUGAAAGCUGGAAAAUGGUUUCCUGUUAAACCUAACCCACAAGCUUUGCUUGUCAACAUCGGUGACUUAUUUCAGGUUGUGAGCAAUGAUGUUUUUAGGAGCCUUAAACACAGAGUGGUUGCUUCUGAAGGAGUAGAAAGAUUUUCCUUUGCAUAUUUCUAUUGCCCAUCUGAUGAUGUGAUGAUUGAGAGUUGGUUGAAACCAAGCAUUUACAGGCAGUUCAGCUACAAAGAGUAUAGACAACAAAUAGAAAAAGAUGUAGAGAAAACAGGCAACAAAGUAGGCCUUUCAAGGUUUUUCUUGCACAACAUCUUGCCUCAUUUGGGUCAAUGACUCAAAUUGUGUCUAAUGUCCAUUAAUUACUCUACCUAACUAUAUGAGAGCAAAAUAAUUAUAUUAAACUAGUACUAGGAAGGCUAUUUGGGGUGUAUGUUCUUGUAUCAAAUAUUUUCACAUCCUA